ACACCUACGCGAUUGCUCCAUACUUUCCCAUGUAUGCCUUCAUCCUCUGCUGUAAACGCGGAUCUCUAUCGGGAGCCACCAUGGUGCAUCACUCUGGAUCCAUACAGUCCUUCAAGCAGCUGAAGGGUAUGCACACAAGUAUCAGUGAGAUUUUGAAGGAGAAGACACUGAAGUCAUCUCGCCGCAGUUUGCCAUGUCUGGCACAGAGUCAAACACAUCCUGAGAACCUCAAUCACUUCCUGUCUGUGCCUCUUAGUCCUGAAACCAAGACGUACACAAACAGCGUCAGUGCCUCUUGCACACAUAUCAAACCUUCCCCUACAGACACAGGUCAGGAUGUCUACAUGGAAGAGAGGGAGGUGGGGGAUUUUGUGCCUAAAAAGGAUGAGACGCUGCUUGUCCAGCAGAAGCCCAUGUCUAGAGGAAAACUAGAGGCUCGUGCAGACUCCAUAAAGGUAAACAAACUUGUAAACCCGUCACGAUUAAUGUUUCGAGAUGGGAAGAAACGCAUCGACUACAUAUUAGUGUACAAGAAAUCCAGUACUCAGGUGGAGAAGAGAUGUACGUUUGAGAGAAACCUGCGAGCAGAAGGUCUGAUGUUGGAGAAAGAGCCUUCAUUAACCAACAGUGAUAUCAUGUUUGUGAAGAUUCAUGCACCGUGGGACACGCUGUGUAAAUAUGCAGAGCAGAUGAACAUCAGAAUGCCUUUCAGGAAAAAGUGCUACUUUACAGACUGGAAGAAAAAGACUAUGGGCAGCCGAUUUCAGCUGAAAUGUCGUCAGCUGAAGAGCUGGCUGCCCAGGAACCCAAUGAAACUGGAUAAAGAGGCAUUACCAGAUCUAGAGGAAACCGACUGCUACACUGCCCCGUUCAGCCGGGCCAGAAUGCACCAUUUCACCAUCAACAAUAGAGAGACGUUUUUCUCGAACUCGACCAGGAGCAGAAUAGUACAUCAUGUACUACAGCGGACCAAGUACGAGGAUGGCAAGUCCAAGAUGGGUAUCAAUCGGUUACUUGGCAACAGCACAUAUGAAGCAGCGUUUCCUCCACAUGAGGGGAGUUACAAAAGCAGACACCCGAUAAAGACCCAUGGUGCUCAAAACCACAGACACCUUCUAUAUGAAAGAUGGGCGCGCUGGGGAAUCUGGUACAAAUAUCAGCCAUUAGACCUCAUACGGCGGUACUUUGGUGAGAAGAUCGGCCUGUAUUUCGCAUGGUUGGGCUGGUACACUGGAAUGCUCAUCCCUGCUGCACUAGUCGGACUCUUCGUCUUCCUCUAUGGGCUUUUCACCAUGGAUUCCAGUCAAGUCAGUAAGGAAAUCUGUGAGGCCAACACCACUAUUAUGUGCCCUAUGUGUGAAGGCAACUGCAGUUCUUGGACUCUGAGUGACAGCUGUGUCUAUGCAAAGGUGACUCAUCUCUUUGAUAAUGGAGGCACAGUCUUCUUUGCUAUCUUCAUGGCAAUAUGGGCCACGGUGUUCCUGGAGUUCUGGAAGAGGAGGAGGGCAGAGUUAACGUAUGACUGGGAUUUGAUUGACUGGGAGGAGGAGGAGGAGGAACUACGGCCACAGUUUGAAGCCAAAUAUUCCCGUAAGGAGCGAGUGAACCCCGUCUCAGGAAAAGCAGAGCCCUUCCAACCCUUCACAGAUAAACUCAGCCGACUCAUGGUGUCUGUUUCUGGUAUCUUCUUCAUGAUCUCUCUAGUUCUUACCGCUGUGUUUGCUGUAGUGGUUUUCCGGCUCAUCGCAAUGGAAAGGUUUGCCUCAUUUCAGUGGGAGUUUGUGAAGAAAAACUGGCAGUUUGCCACCUCAGGCACUGGAGUCUGCAUCAACUUUAUGAUCAUCAUGUCUCUCAAUGUGGUCUAUGAGAAAGUGGCCUACUUACUUACAAAUCUGGAACACCCACGGACAGAGUCCGAGUGGGAAAACAGCUUUGCACUUAAGAUGUUCCUCUUCCAGUUUGUCAAUCUCAACAGCUCUACCUUCUACAUAGCGUUCUUCUUAGGGAGGUUUGCUGGCAGGCCGGGUGACUAUAAUAAGCUGUUUAACCGAUGGAGAAUGGAAGAGUGUCAUCCCAGUGGUUGUCUAAUUGAUUUGUGCCUACAAAUGGGAGUGAUCAUGGUGUUGAAACAGAUCUGGAAUAACUUCAUGGAGCUGGGUUACCCACUGCUACAAAACUGGUGGUCUCGGCGUAAGAUGAAGCGUGCAGGAGAGCAGAACAACAGUAAUGAAGAGCUGCCGCAGUGGGACAGAGACUGGAACCUGCAGCCCAUGAACGCACACGGCCUGGUGGAUGAGUACCUGGAGAUGGUUCUCCAGUUUGGUUUCACCACAAUCUUCGUGGCUGCGUUUCCUUUGGCUCCUCUACUCGCUCUCCUCAACAACAUCAUUGAGAUCCGACUGGAUGCCUACAAGUUUGUCACGCAGUGGAGAAGACCUAUGCCUGCACGCGCUACUGACAUUGGUAUAUGGCAUGGUAUCCUGGAGGGAAUUGGAGUUGUGGCUGUCAUAACAAAUGCCUUCGUCAUCGCUAUCACUUCAGACUACAUUCCUCGCUUUGUCUUUGCUUUCAAAUAUGGCCCCUGUGUGGACCGUGGUUACCGGCAUGAGAAAUGUCUGAGAGGAUACUUGAACAACAGCUUGUCUGUUUUUGAUAUGAGUGAACUAAAAAAUGGAAGUUAUCAGGCAAGAUACUGCAGGUAUCGGGAUUACAGAGCGCCUCCGUGGAGUCCUGAACCUUACGAGUUCACUCUGCAGUUCUGGCACGUUCUGGCUGCCAGACUCGCCUUCAUCAUCGUCUUUGAGCACCUGGUGUUUGGCAUUAAGACCUUCAUAGCUCACAUGAUUCCAGACAUGCCAAAAGACCUGUGUGACCGCAUGCGCAGAGAGAAAUAUCUAAUGCAGGAGAUGAUGUAUGAGACAGAACUUGAGCACCUGCAGAAACAACGGAAAAAGAAUGGCAAACGUUAUCACCACGAGUGGCCUUAGUCCUGCCUGUUCAUUGUUACAAACCCACUGGAGACCUAUGUACACCACCCACGAAAACACCCCAAGACUCGAGAGUGGCAAACGAACGAUGCAACUUCCCCUGCAGCAUGAGAAAAACACAAAGGCUCAUGAUCAACCAUUCUGCGGCCUUUGAUCGCUAGCUUAAUUGACUCAUGCAUGGGCUCCCCACUUCAGAUUUUCAUUGCUGUGCUAAAACAUGGUGGAGAAGUCAAAACCUGAUCUUUGGGCCUUUAGGGUCUGGAGUCGGCAGCUGUGCUGUGAACCAAAGAGGUCACAUGACGCCUGCUUGAGAUCUCCAUUAAUCCAUAUUUCAUCCUGCUGAGGGCAUUUACACACUACUCUCACAGAGCACUUCAUGGAUAGGAAUUCGUAAGAUCUGGUUUCAAAUUAUGGAAAGAGAAAUGUUUGAAAUCAAGUGGGAAUACAGUAAAAAGGAUUUACGAAAGCACAACUGGACCUGCCUCUCUAAAAUGCUCAUUAGUCAAGGGAUCCGAGUGUGUUUUUCUGAAAAGUUAAAGACCCUGUAAAAUUGUUUGACUAGCAUUUUCUGUGUUGACGUAUUUCCUAAGAAACAGUAAAUUGGGAUGGGACAUAUCAUAUUAGAGUUCUCAACUGUCCCAUAUUAGUAGGGAUGUUCCAUGUUUUGGCUGAAAUUAUGGUGUCCCACAUAUUAGCAGCAAAACGCUCACCUCCGGUUGGAUGCCAAUACCUCCCGUACUGAAUGCAUUACAUAAUUUGCGGCCCCCAUUCCAUAUUGAAGCACUCAAAAUAGCACUCACACAAGUGUUUGUGUGGUUAAAAUUUGGCAACCCUAUAUCGGAGAGCUUGCUAGUCACUUACAGGUGGUAAUCUGGACAUCCUCAUUCUCAAGCGCAUCUAAUUGGAAAAAAAUUGGUGUUGUGUGAGAUGAGUCAUCAUCUUUUCGAAAGGUUUGGAAUAUGUGCAAUCUUUCGCUGAACACAUGUCCUUCCCAGAAUUGCCUGCAGAGGCACUGCUCUCUCCUGUCAUAAUUUUAAAUGGGAAUGGAGAGCUAGUUGGAUUGUGAACAAUGCAGAUGAAGGGCGUUGAAGUUUCUGUUUUCUGCUUGUAAACUUGAAAAUGAAACAAAAAUGUGAAAAUUUUUACCUUACCAACAUAUUUACAGAUACUAACUGAUGCCCUCUGUCUUCGCUUGCCAGCAUCUCGCAUUAUGAUUCUUGUUACAAAAGUGGUUUCUAAUUAUGGUUACCAAAUAAAAAUCAGUAGACUUUGUUUAUGCAAAUUACAUUUUUAUGUAAUAUAUCGCCAUGAAAAGAUAUUCAGAUUUACAAAUGUUUCAAUACAAUGCAUAAUUUUUCAAGGCAAAUGAAAAAAAUGAAUAACAAGUUUUGGCAAAAUAACAUGCAUGUUGUUUCUUUCAAAUAGCAUGUUCUUUCUUUGUUUUUCAUCUUUUUAAUUAACUUGUUUUUGUAAAAGACUAUGUCUUUGUCCAGAUGCCUGGUUUUGUAAUGAAUGUGAGCUUUGUAAUGAGUGUAGCUUCCUCCUAAUGCUGCCGUUUGUGCUCACUCACCUGAGCACAAAACAACUAUGUUCGGAAUUCAGC